AUGUUGAAAAUCCAAACAUUCCAUUUUAAAUUUAAAUAUCAAACUUUAAAAUCAAAAUGUUUUUAAAAAUAAUAAUCCAUCAUAUACUAAUAACAGGGUCAAGUCAGAAUUAAUCAGAAACAUAUUAAUAUAGACUGUAAAAUUUACUUAUAAAAAUUCGAUAAAAUAGGAGAAGAACAAAUUCAAGAAUUUCAAAAGAGUUUGUAGGUUGAUUUUUAUACAUGGACAUGGUGUUUUUCCUGGUUAAACUCUGGUACUAUCUACUCCUCAUUAAUUCUGAAUUAAUAGAAUUAAUAUUUUCUAAUUGGAAUGGCAAUCCAAUACUGGUAAAUAUAUAGAAUAAAUUUAGUGAUCAAUCAAAAUGCCAAUAAGAUAGAACUAGUGAACUCGAUAGUUUGGAGGGUCAGAUUAACCAAAAUUUAUGGAGAAGGUAUGGAGCAAAGGGCUGA